UCUUUUCACCGGCGAUUGUUAAGCAGUUCCAUGUUAGCAGCCCAUUCACAAAAUGAAGCCACUUUUUUGUCGCCUCACAGCAUUCGCUUCUUCCACGUUCCCAACAUUGUUUAAUGUUUCAUGUUUGUGAUAAAUAAUAGUGAUACGUUUAUAGCUGAGAAAUUGAUAACACAUUAACAAUUGAAAGUGAAAAGUAACUGUGCGGUGUCCAAUUUUUAGUAUAUAAUAUAACUGUGAAAGUGCUUUGUGCUGUACAAACUGAUUUUUAUGUGUUUUAAUUUAAAUAACUAUAGUUUGAAACUCAAUUGCUAUAAAUUAAAAUACUGACUGGCAGUAAAUGAGAAAAACCAAGGAUAUUUCACGUUCAGCUGCUGCCUGAUUCAAUAAAUUUGAAGUUGGACCGCAAUAAGAAGACUGAUUGAAUGAACGCAUACUUCAAUGAGCAGAAGAAAUAGUCUCUACAACAACCAGCAAAUAAGUUGUGAGUUACUGCCAUGUGACAUGGUAUACAAACACUACAACUUUGGGAAAUGACACUUCUAAAUGAUGCAACUACAGUGAAAGCGAAAGAAAAUUCAAAGACGGCGAGUAGACAGGAACUAGCGGGUGGACGAGAUGAGGCUGGAAGAUCGUCCGACUACCAGGACGAAACCCGCAGUACUGUCCUUUCCAGUCAUGGCUACAGGAUAGGGCGCACCAUUGGCAGUGGUUCCUACGCCAUGGUUAAGCUCGCCGAAUCGACUCACCAUGACUGCAUUGUGGCUAUAAAAAUAAUUUCAAAAUCGCAUGCACCACAAGAUUAUUUGAAGAAAUUUCUUCCAAGAGAAAUUCAAGUUGUUAGGGGACUGCGACAUAAAAAUUUGAUUAGAUUUCUUCAAGCAAUCGAAACAACACACAGAGUUUAUAUUGCAAUGGAAUACGCAGAGAAUGGAAGCUUAUUAGAUAUAAUAAGAAGAGAUGGAUUUAUAGAUGAAGAUAGAGCUAGAGUAUGGUUCUCUCAAUUACUAAAUGGCCUUGAAUACUGUCAUGGAAAAGGUGUAGUUCAUAGGGACAUAAAAUGUGAAAACUUACUGAUGGAUUCCGAGUACAAUAUCAAGAUUUCGGACUUUGGCUUUGCGCGGGGGGAUUGUGGAUCGCAAGGGAAGGGCUACGUGCUGAGCGAAACGUUCUGUGGCAGUUACGCGUAUGCGUCUCCCGAGAUACUGCGGGCGAUCCCAUACCGGCCGCAGUACUCCGACGUCUGGUCGACGGGCGUCGUCCUUUAUGCCACCGUUUUCGGCCGUCUGCCCUACGAUGACAGCAACUUUGCUCAACUGGUCAAGCAAGUAAUGAGGCCAGUUGUAUUUCCAAAGGAACCAACAGUAUCUAAAGAAUGUAAACAGGUGAUCACAAAAAUCCUGGCACCUCUUAGGCAGCGCUUAAAAAUACCAGAGAUUCGGAAAGAGCCUUGGAUGGUGAUCAUUGUGGAACAGAAAAGCAGUACUAGCAACGACAGAAUGCCAGCGACAUCGGCAGAAAGUCAGUCGUCGCCAAACGCUGUAAUAGGCACGGUAAGCAACGAACCCUCCACAUCAGCCUCAUAAUUUGCAACCACUGCGUUCUUCAUUGGGGCGGAACGAUCUCACUAUUCGAGAUAAUAAUCCAGGAAGACAGAAAGAUGGGAAAUCGCGCAAUUUAUUGACAAAUUCAAAAUGAUAGAAAACCUUUUUCAAAAUAUAACUUGACUGAGUGACAAAAUGAAUGAAGACUGAGGCAGUAGAAAUAAUAAACAGUAUUAGGGAUAA